GAAUUGGGAGGUUUUAAGCCCUGUCUUGUAUAGUUGUGUCUAGUGAGAUCGAAUUUUUUUAUUAAACUGUGUUGAACAUAUUAUGUGAUUUUAAUUAAUGUUUUGAAACUAUUUCGUGAAACUUUUUUAAUCAGGGCAAUCAAUAAUGAUUCACAGUCUUUUUAUCAUUAACUCCUCUGGGGAUGUCUUUAUGGAGAAACACUGGAAAAGCGUGAUUUCCAGGUCUGUAUGCGAUUAUUUCUUCGACGAACAGAGGAAAGUGGGCAAUCCGGAGGACAUGCCACCGAUCAUACCGACUCCUCACCAUUAUCUCAUAAGCAUCCAUAGGUGUUCCAUGUUUUAUGUUGCAGUAUGUAUGACAGAAGUUCCUCCAUUAUUUGUGAUAGAAUUUCUACACCGAGUCGUGGACACGUUUGACGAUUAUUUCGGAGAAAGUACUGAAACUAUUAUUAAAGAGAAUUAUGUUGUUGUUUACGAGUUGCUCGAUGAAAUGUUGGAUAAUGGUUUUCCUCUAGCGACUGAAUCCAAUAUUCUUAAGGAAUUGAUUAAACCACCUAAUCUUCUGAGAACGAUAGCGAAUACAGUCACUGGAAAAUCAAAUGUUAGUUCUACACUUCCGAGUGGACAGCUUUCAAAUGUCCCAUGGCGCCGGACUGGUGUUAAAUAUACAAACAACGAAGCUUAUUUUGACGUUGUUGAAGAGGUAGAUGCCAUCAUUGAUAAAUCAGGUUCAACCGUGUUCGCUGAAAUUCAAGGCUAUAUCGACUGUUGUACAAAGCUGAGUGGAAUGCCCGAUCUCACUUUAUCCUUCAUGAACCCUAGGCUAUUCGACGAUGUCAGUUUUCACCCUUGCGUUAGAUUUAAGAGAUGGGAGGCAGAAAGAAUCCUAUCUUUUAUCCCUCCUGAUGGAAAUAUGAGGUUAAUGUCCUACCACAUUGGAUCCCAAAGUGUAGUGGCGAUUCCAAUCUAUGUUAGGCAUUCUUUAAACUUCAAGGACGGCCGGUUAGAGCUGACUGUCGGUCCGAAACAAACCAUCGGCCGAACUGUAGAGAAUGUCAUCGUCGAAAUCCCGAUGCCAAAAUCAGUAUCAAACUGCGUACUUUUGUGCAAUCAAGGUAAAUACACUUUCGAUCCAGUGAGCCGACAAUUGGUUUGGGAUAUUGGUAGAAUCGACGUCACCAAACUACCGAACCUACAAGGAACGAUAAGCUGUCAGCCUGGUACUUUCAUCGACUCUAAACCGACAAUGAAUGUGAAAUUUACAAUAAAUCAAAUGGCAGUUUCUGGCCUGAAAGUCAACAGGUUGGACAUGUACGGCGAAAACUACAAACCAUUUAAAGGAGUCAAAUACAUAACUAAGGCCGGCAAAUUCCAAAUAAGAAUGUAAAAUGUACUCUUUCAUGAUCGAGUGCGAUGAACCAUGAUUUCAAAAACAUUCUAAAUCUUUGGAUGAUAAUUUUUUUUUUUUAUUCCACCCAAAGUAUGUAACAUACUGUAUAUAAUUCCUGUGAUGUUAUAUUAUUUAUAUUUUAUUACUCAAUACAACUAUUUUCAUUUAGAGAA